AUGAUGCACUAUCUCGACAGGAAAUGCUACAUCCUCUACAUCCUGUACAUCCCGGGAACUGGUAUCUACCACUCCUACCUCCAUAACCAAGGAACUAGCAUCUACCACUCCUACCUCCAUUACCAAGGUACUAGCAUCUACCACUCCCACCUCCAUUACCAAGGAACUAGCAUCUACCACUCCCACCUCCAUUACCAAGGAACUGGUAUCUACCACUCCUACCUCCAUUACCAAGGAACUAGCAUCUACCACUCCUACCUCCAUUACCAAGGAACUGGUAUCUACCACUCCCACCUCCAUUACCAAGGAACUAGCAUCUACCACUCCCACCUCCAUUACCAAGGUACUAGCAUCUACUACUCCCACCUCCAUUACCAAGGAACUAGCAUCUACCACUCCCACCUCCAUUACCAGGGAACAAGCAUCUACCACUCCCACCUCCAUUACCAGGGAACAAGCAUCUACCACUCCCACCUCCAUUACCAAAGAACUAGCAUCUACCACUCCCACCUCCAUUACCAAGGAACUAACAUCUACCACUCCCACCUCCAUUACCAAGGAACUAGCAUCUACCACUCCCACCUCCAUUACCAAGGAACUAGUAUCUACCACUCCCACCUCCGUUACCAAGGAACUGGUAUCUACCACUCCCACCUCCAUUACCAAGGAACUAGUAUCUACCACUCCCACCUCCGUUACCAAGGAACUGGUAUCUACCACUCCCACCUCCAUUACCAAGGAACUAGCAUCUACCACUCCCACCUCCGUUACCAAGGAACUAGCAUCUACCACUCCCACCUCCAUUACCAAGGAACUAGCAUCUACCACUCCCACCUCCAUUACCAGGGAACUAGCAUCUACCACUCCCAACUCCAUUACCAAGGAACUAGUAUCUAA